AUGAGGACCUACACCCGAGGGGCCCCCACAGUGUUCUUCAUAAGUCUACUGUGGCCCCUGGUGUCCCCGGUGGUGGGGGUGGGGGAGGAGACGGACCCCAGUGGAGGGAUACCCUUCAUGGGAGGGAACUACGAUGGACACCCCAUGCUGUUUUUCGGCCAGGGCGAGGUGGAGGAGCUGCAGGCGGCAGCGGCUGGGACUCACCGGGAGAUGGCUGCGAGGAUCCGCGAGGCGGGGGAGGCCAUGCUGGAGCACCCUGAGGAGUACCUGCCCCCCUGGAGCCCGGCCGAGUUCAGCGCCCGCUGGAAUGAGGUGUAUGGAAACAACCUGGGCGUGUUGUCUAUGUUCUGUCUGCUUUACCCACACAGGGCCGGGGCCCUCGACCUGGCCAAGGAUUACAUGGAGAGGAUGGCAGCUCAGCCUAGUUGGUAUAUUUUCUAUCUUAGUUUUUCCCUUAUUGCUGCAGAAAGCAAACCAAAAUGCAAUCAAUUGUCUGUGAACAGCAUCCCUAAUCUAUAGGGAUAAGAAAUAUGAGAUACAAUCAGAUAUGCCCCUGUGGAAACAGUUACUGUGUAGUUACUAAAAUUCAACCCCUGAGUGGAUUGCUUGCUUCUCAAUUGCAGAAAACGGAGCCGUUCUUCCCUUGGGAUCUCUAUUGUUUUAUGCUUAGCUUACCCUUUGCAGUAAGAAAAACUCUCACAUGUUUUUCUCAUUACAAUGACCAAUACUGAUCUAUUUGAAGAAGGCACAGAUGCAACCUAAUCUAUGUAUUUGUCCUCUGUACAUCACCAUGUGCCCACUGGGGAUCAAUGCCAAAUCCUCCUCAGAGGACCUUUGACUGACUCAAUCCCCCUCCACUUCUUUGUGGCCAGACCUGCAAGUAGAGAUGCAUUGUGGUCCGAUGGGCCUGUGGUCCAGGAAAUAUGUUUAGCAGCUGUUCUAAUUCAUUGCUGAACAUGCCCCCGUUCAAAGGAAAUGAAAUGUUGAGCUGCCUGGCCUUGUGCAGUGGGAUGGGAGGACUAGGGUUUCAGCCACUACUACUGCUCUGGACUGGAGGUCAGUGGCUGAGAUAGUAAUUUGACUGGGGUUCUCAGAGGGGUUACAUGGGAAAGCUCAUCUGCAUCUCACAUUGUUCAGCCCCAACCAAAAGGAUGUGCUAAUGGCUGUCCCAGUCUACAGAAUCAGAAGGGAAUCGCUUAGAGUCUGAAUUUUGUUAUAUUUGAAUCAAAAGUAUAUGAUAUUUAUUUAACCGUACUAGGCUAUCAUGCAGACUUGUUCACAUUAUGUUGCACAAGAAUCAUAGGCUAAGAUGGCACCUAUGAGAUUGCAUGUUGUUUCUGUAUUUUAUCCAACCCUUACAGUACUGUACUUCAGAUGACCCCUGACCUCCUGUGAGGGUUGUGAUUGUGAAACUGCAGUGGUUUUAAGAUGUUCACUAACAGUACAGUUUAUAAAGUGCUUUAUAUCAAGCUUUCUCUGCAUGUCGCAAGCCAAGGAAUUCAGUGUUAAGGAGAGGUCUCUGACAUAUGAGGCAAGGCAUUUCACUGUCACAGCCAAUUUUGGAGUCAUGGCGCCUGCGUUCUCAGAAUGUCUUUGCUUUUAGCCUCAUGGUCAGAGGGCUUCCCUUUUCCAGUUUCACCUUCUCCCGAUCUCUCAUUCCUCUAUCAGAAAGAAGCAUUACCUCAGCCCCAUUGUUUAAAUCCUCUACUUAGCCAUCAGCUGCUGCGUCUAGCCACCCCAUUCAGAGGGAGAGGCAAGGUUUUCUUCUGGGUACUGACCAGAAGCAUUAGUCCAAAUUUGCCAAUACUUCUCACAAUAUUUGUCUGUACCUCAAGUUGAGAAAUGAAAACCCACUGAGCACGUUUUUACAGUUUAACAACAUACAAUGUGAGUUCACUCCUCAGCCACACGUUUACUAUGGUUUCUGAAUCUCACAGGGAUCCUUAAAAGUUGCUCCAGGAAUCAGUCAACUGUGGUAUCUGUGACCUUCAAUAAUGUCUCUGACAACUUGUCGAGGAGAACCAUAUUCCGACCGGGAAACUCCAUCUUGUGGUGUAUUCUGGUCCCUGGUUUGUUUUAAGGCAGUCCAUGUGUAAACACACAGAAGAGACAUCUUGUGUGCUUUGGCGUAAUGUAAUAUACAGUACAGUACAGCAGUACUCAUUCUAAAUACUUUUACAGUGCAUUAAACCUGGUUUGUGAACCAAAGACUGUCAUCCCAAAAAAUAUUUUAACUUGUUUUUUUAUGGAUGAAGUCGAAAUCAAGCACCCCUUUUAUUCAAUGUAAUUUCUACCCAUGUAGAAGGCAAAUUAAUUUCCAACGAACUUACACAGCUCGUUGACAGAUGGAAAUAAUGUAUUAGCUACAUCAAAUGGAGGAAAUGCUGCCAGAGGGUAGCUGCAUAUCUUUGAUAUGUGUGAAUAAAGAGUCACAUUUGAAAGUAAGGCAGGCAGCUGCUUUGAUAUUUGGCACGGAGUAAAGUGUAUGGGUCCACGUGAUGGAUGGAACGGAUUUCAACCUAUAUGUCUUUUAUAUGUUCUGAGAAGAAUGAUUGUCAAGAUGGGGAUGAAAAUGUAGUUACAUGGCAUGCAUUUUAAUGGUAACUGCUCAAAAUACAAUUUCCUUCUUUUUCAUGUUACUGCCACAUUUUACUAUAAUUACACAGAGAGAGCUUUUUAAGAACACCUCUUAGCCUGUGUUAUAUGACAUUAAUGCAUGGGUCAGGACUAUUUUGCCAAUUUAACAAUUAGUAGCUCUUAGAAAUACAAGUCAGUCAGCAUUCUGCAUUUCUGAGGUGCCAGCUACUUUUAAAAUUGCACACAUUGCACUUUAAAUCACUUUAAAAGGCAGGAUAUGUUUUUGGACUUUAAAACGUGUGAAAAUGCUGUUUUGCAUGUUUUUUGGUAAAGAGAACAAAAAUCUAUUUAGUAGCUGAUCUUUGCCAAAUCAUAAAAUGGACCUGAGAAAGAUUAGUUAAAGUCUACACUUUUGAUGACCUUUAACUUUCAAGAAUAUGUAGUUACCUUUUUCUGUUUUUAUUGCAGCCUUUAGUGCUGAGCAAAUAGUGUGUUUUGAGGUCGGUUCGGUUUCGGUUCGAUAAAAACAUUAUUACGGUUUUUGAUUUAGGUUUUGAUAAUGUUUUUAGCCAUUAAAUGCACUAUGCGUUAUGUGGGUUGAAUGCUGUAACAACAGAUAAUAAAACAAUUAAUAAAAGUCCCAUGAUGGUAGCGACUGCCCAUUACUGCUUAUCACUUAUUAACCAUCAUUUAUUCACAUUUUAAUAAAAUAUUUCAGUUGUUGUGUAUAUUAAAAAAAUGUCAGGCCUAUUUGAUGACUUUAUUAUUUAAUUCCAAGUCAUCAUCUCAUCUCUAUAAGAGCUGCUGCAUAUCCUGUCACUAUUUUAGUAGUUUUUCAAAGUGAAUAAGGUCCUCUGUAGCUCAGCUGGUAGAGCACGGCGCUUGUAACGCCAGGGUAGUGGGUUCGAUCCCCGGGACCACCCAUACACAAAAAUAAUUAUGCACGCAUGACUGUAAGUCGCUUUGGAUAAAAGCGUCUGCUAAAUGGCAUAUUAUUAUUAUACUUUUAUGACUGCUGAAUACUAAAUAUCAAUCUUAGAUCAUGUCUUUUCAGGUAGUGAUACCUCACGAAGCAGCUGCUCUCUAUCUCUCUUGAUCGCACGUACUUCUGUCUCUUCUCUUCGUCUCAAACCGGACUAGUAGGCACGCAAUGGAUUAUGGUCGUUGUAGUUAAUUACCACGUUUUCUGCACUAAACUAUGUAGAAUAUUGGACUGUUGGAAACCCUACUACAUUGCUCAAUUUGAGCUUGAUCUGAUUUAUCGCUAGAGAAACUGCGCAUUGUGCUCACAGAAGAAGAAAAAAUGAACAAAAUGUAAUUCAGAUAAUUGAGCAGGUCAAUGAGUGGUUUAAAAAACAGAAAAAGAACCAGCAGCCUUGCUUGGGCUAGUGUGUAAAAGGAAUUUCAAUUAAUUCAAGACUAUUCUUAAGGAUACUACAUAUUGUUAUUACUGUUUCAGUUUGAAUUAAGUCUUUCAAAGUUAGGAAAUAUAGGCACAAUAUAAACCCGUAUUUACAGAUUACUGUACUCAUCAAUCCUUUUCCGUGUGUUGCAGGUUGGUUAAAGAUGCUCCCUGGGAUGAGGUUCCUCUAGCCCACUCUCUGGUUGGCUUCGCCACGGCGUAUGACUUCCUGUAUGAGUACCUGAGCAAGGUGCAGCAGGAGCGCUUCCUGCAGGUGAUCGGCAACGCUACGCGCUUCAUGUAUGAGAAGUCCUACAUCCGCGGCUGGGGCUUCCAGUACCUGCACAACCACCAGCCCACCAACUGUGUGGCUCUCCUCACUGGCAGCCUGGUCUACAUGGCCCAGGGUGAGUACAGCUGGUCCAUGCACUGUGAACGUGUGUGUGCAGAUAAACACAAACAAAUGUAUUAUUACAUAAUCAGCUUUCAGAGGGUUCCUACAGAAAUGCCUUGCCCCCCCAAAACACAUUUAGUUUUUUACCCUAGCACUACACAGCUGAUUCAAAUAAUCAAAGCAUGAUGAUGAGUUGGUUAUUUGAAUCAGCUGUGUAGUGCUAGGGCAAAAAACUACAAGUGCAUCCAGGGGGGCAGGACAGAGUUUGGGAAACACUGGCCUAGAUAGAUAUACACUGAGUGUACAAAACAUUAGGAACACCUUCAUAAUAUUGAGCUGCACCCUCUUUUGCCCUCAGAACUGCCUCAAUUCGUUGGGGCAUGGACUUUACAAGGUGUGGAAAGCGUUCCACAGGGAUGCAGGCCCAUGUUGAUUCCAAUGUAUCCCACAGUUGUGUCAAGUUGGCUGGAUGUCCUUUGGGUGGUGGAUCAUUCUUGAUAAACAUGGGAAACUGUUGAGUGUGAAAAACCCAGCAGCGGUGCAGUUCUUGACCCACUAAAACCGAUGUGCCUGGCACCUACUACCAUACCCCGUUCAAAGGCACUUAAAUCCAUGCUUCAAUUGUCUCAAGGCUUAAAAAUACUUAUUUAACCUGUCUCCUCCCCUUCAUCUAAACUGAUUGAAGAGGAUUUAACAAGUGACAUCAAUAAGGGAUCAUAGCUUUCACCUGGAUUCACCUGGUCAGUCUAUGUCAUGGAAAGAGCAGGUGUUCCUAAUGUUUUGUACACUCAGUGUAGCUCCAGCAGAUUGGUCAGUUUCUACUUAGUCUAUUCAUGUUCCUCUGUGGAAUACUGUGGCCUCUUCUUGGCAACUUCAUUCCUCCUCUGUCACAUCCUUCCUGAGUUACUUGAAAUCACAUUUGCCUUAAAUGGAUGGCUGCAGGCCAGCUCCAUAUGACUUGAGUAAGAUUGGUUCCUCCAGUGGACGCUUGCCAGGCAGCCCCCUCUGCCCCUGAGUAGACAAAUUCUGGGCUGGAAUUUCCGUUCAGUCAGCCCGGGGUUAUUCUCUAUAGCUGCACUUAAUCCCUCAUAAUUGUUUCUCAAGCGGAGACUCUCCACACGAUUCCAUAACAUUCUGGAUUGACCUUUUCCCAGUAUUUCUAUUAGUAGAGUCUUAAGGAAGGAACGUAAGUCUGAAAAAAGGGCCUUAUUAUUUCCUGCUCAUUUCAAAACUGUUCCUUCUAUUGUUUUGGUUUCAAUUUCCUGGUUGUAUUUUAUUGAAUGUUUGAGUCAGAGAGGCAGAGAGGCCAAAGGAAGGUGAAGUUGUUCUUGUUGUUCCAAGUAGUGCUACAGUAUAGAUUGGUUUGUUUACAAGGGAAGUGUUUCUGGUACAGAAAGAAUGAGAGUCGAUGUAAACUAAAUGACAGCAGGCUUAUGGAGAUUACUGUGGUCAUCGUAGUUUUUCUUUGAGGCUGGUUUAUGAUAGUGAGCAGAGGUUUGAAAAAAUAGAGGGGGGUAGGCAGGCGGUGCAGACUCUGGAGAAUUAUAGCACCCCCUUUUUGUUUUGAAUCAGCUUUUUUGUUUCAAGUCCAGGAAAAAACGAGUUUGGUCCAGCAGCUUUGGUUGUUAACUCUUCUGUUACCUUGGAAAUAAACGUAAUUUGGUCAUGGCCUGGGGUCUAUGUGCUGACUGUAUAAAUGUUUAAAGCUGACUUUGCACUUAUAUGUUUUAGAUCAGCUGCAAAUUGUUGAAAGGUAGCUAAACUAACAUACAGUUUUUGCUUAGGGUAUAGCAGAUUGAGAAAAGGCAGAAACCGUUACCUUGCUCAUUCUUGAACCAGUUUAUUUAGGGGCCUAACUCUGGCAUAAUUAUUUAACUGUGUGCAUAUUCACUUCCUGCAUUCCUUUGUCACAAAUGUAUCAUUCAUGUGCAAAAGUAUGACAUUACGGGCAAAUAUUAUUCUAUCAAGAACCCAAUGAAUAAAUGGAACUUUGCAAAUAAGAUUCUGCCAAAAAUCAAUCCUAGCAAACAUUGGCUUCAUGUCACAUUUAAUUCAGAGCCAUUGUACUGAAUAGGUCUAUAGUACUGAGAUUUAUGGAAGAAUUCAGCACCUCUCUUUAAAAGAUGUGUGUUAUUUGUUAGGGGAAGUAAAAAGCCCAUUCAAAGCAUUUAUUUAUAAGGAAGGGAUAGGCUCCAUCUGUUGAAAAUAAAGGAAGACAUAUCUGUCCAAAGCAUAAAACCUCUUAAGACCUCUAUGAGAAAGUUAAUAUCAGCAAAUAACUACUGUGUAAACUAUAGUCUUAUCAUCAGAAGAGAUAUUGUAUGGGCUCUGUCCAAAGGGUGAGCCACGAGAAGAGAGUGGAUCAGAUGACUAGAUCACAGGACAGCAGCUUAUAGGGGAUCAGUGCAUUCCUGAUGCAGGUGUCUGCAUGUUGGCGCUUGGCUUCUGGGCUGCCUUGCUGGGAUCUUAAUUGGACAGCCAUGUGUGCAGUAGUUUACCAUGGGUUCAUCAGUAGUUAACCUAUGACCUCAAUCACCCACCUGUCUGCUAUGGCCACCCAGGAGCUCGAGUUGUCUGGGAGCCAUUCACAGUCAUAGCCACGGUCACACUACAUUGUGUUGCUUCCUUAAACAAAAGCUGUUAUACAUGAACACUUUAUUGAUUUGCGGAAAAGUGUAUAUUUUACACAUACUGUAUAACCUCUGGGCAAAAUGGGUUGAGUCAACCUUGUUCCCGAGUGGCGCAGCGGUCUAAGGCACUGCAUCUCAGUGUUUGAGGCGUCACUACAGACCCCCUGGUUCGAUUCCAGGCUGUAUCACAACUGGCCGUGAUUGGGAGUCCCAUAGGGCGGCGCACAAUUGGCCCAGCGUCGUACGGGUUUGGCCGGUGUAGGCCAUCAUUGUAAAUAAGAAUGUGUUCUUAACUGACUUGCCUAGUUAAAUAAAGGUAUAAAAUAAAAAUUUCAAUAUAAUUUACAUCAAAUUCAAACACAAAUUAACAACAGGGUUGGUUUACGUUUUGACAGUUUGUUGAGAACUUUAUCAAAUGUCAAAUAAAAUUGUGUGUAGAUCUGACGUCUUUGCCCGGUUGGUACAGUAUUGAAAAUGAUAUUGCCAUUACUCUCAGCUUUAAGCAAUUGUCUAAACUUGUUCAUUCUCCCGUCUUGUAUAAUCUAAACCAACUUGAUUGGCCUCAUGUCAAUAAAUGAAGCAGAAACUCUUGUCAGACCACUAUCAUUGCAUUCAGCCUAUGUCAUAUUUUGUUAUUUUAUUCUUGGAAAUCAAUCUUUGUUCAUUCUUUGAAAUGAAAUAAGAGGAAUCAGGAAUUUCCCUCAACUUAAAGGAUAAGUUUACUUUUUUUAUAACCAAAUCUCUAUUUUUGAAGUAAAUGGCAUGUUAUAGAAGGGUCCAGACUAGGGCUGUUGCGGUCACGAAAUUUCGUCAGCCGGUGAUUGUCAAGCAAAUAACUUUCGGUCUCGCGGUAAUUGACCGUUAAUUAACAUAAACACAUUUAGCACCUCCUGGCUUCCACACAUAGCCUACAAGCCAUUUAAAAAAAUCUAAUAUAUCCAUGUAAUAUAGUCUACACCUUCACAAUAAAUCCAUUAUUUAUUUUAGACAGGUCUAAAGAAGCAUGAUAUGAAGAAAAUGUAGCCUAUUUCAGAAGAAAAUAAUAGCAUACUCUGAAUUGUCCUUAUGUUAGGUCCUGAUGUGGCAAUGCCAAAUGGCUGUGGGCUACACUAGUUCAUUUAGCAGACAAGAUAUGCUUAUAAUUCCGUGGCAUUAUUUUAUAUUAUUUUAUAGUAUGAAGAAUACAAUUGAACAAAGCUGAAUAAAAUAUAAAUAUUUUCUCCAAAUGAUUUGAAGGAGUGCGCACAUGCGGCUAUUCUGUGUUGAGCGGUUAACAAAGAAAUAGGUACUCCUAUAUGCUUAAUUUAGAGAUAUUAAUGUAACUUUAGUUGUUCUACAAACGUUGGCCUAUAUGUUUGGAUUUUUAAUACAUUGUAAGGCUGCAUGACGAGACUCUAAUGAUGAUUUGAAAAAAGUAACUUGAAAGGCAUGAGAUCUGCUUUGUUUUUUGCGCAGGCUGUACACACUCCAAUAGUCUCUCAUUCACAAUUUGACAAGCACUUGAUAAUGCCUCGAAUUUCACGGCGGCAUCCCCUGUGGCUGUAAUGCCCCCUAAAAAAAUCCAUGCCUUUUGCGUCCCAGAGUGCUGCGUUGUGCCCUACUCCCUGAGUGUGCUGCGCAAUCCGAAGUGCCUCUCAUUCACAUGGCUCUCCGUCACGUGAUCGGGUCUUUCUCACAGGCUACAAGUGAAGACAGACACAUCGGGGACGCAACUGCGCGCAUCCUUAUCCAAUUCCAAGGUGCAUAUUGAAGAUAUUGAAAGAACUAUCCACAUUUACUUUUCGUCAGCCAACAAGAUGAGUAAGCCUAACGAACAGCAAAAGCACUAGCCUAUGUCAAUCUACUAUCCCCCAUAGUACAAAAGUUGACCUAUUCUAUUCUGUAUGAGAAAUACAUAUUCCAAACAUAGUCUGAGACAGUUGUGGGAUGCGAUAGAUCCCAAAUUAAUACAACCACUAGCAUCAAAAAAACUUUUUUAUGCAAUGUGGCUGACGCAACAGAUUAGAACAUUUAGCUUAAAAUGUUGAUAAACUAUUAGGCUAUUUCUUCACAUUAUAAGUGCAGCAAUGCGCACAUGGUAGUAGGCUAUAAGCGCGAAUGUUCCAUUGGCGGAAAACACCAUUAUCAAAAGUGACCGCAAAUGCAAUUAUGCAUGUAAUGCUUUUAUUAUAAAGGUGAAUUUUUAUGGUGAAAAUGAUCUUCCCCAAACUUGAAACUCACGCGCUGCUUAGAUAUGCCAGUUAGGCUCUACACCCCUUGUAAAGUGGAUUAAUGUGCUUAAUUUUAAGAAGUUAUUUGGCCACUUUAGUUGUGAUACCAACCUUAUUAAAACAUAUAGGCUUAUGGGCUAGGCUACAUGAGGUGUGCGACUAUGAUGAGAAAAAAAAAAAGGCAUUGUUACUUAUGCUGGGCAUCAUUCACAAGUGAUAGGCUAAUAUUGUCACCCAUCAGACUAUUCUUGAUUUAAUAUUGUCUUUACAUAUACUAAAUUAUAUAUGUGUGACAUUUAUUUUGAUUUAGAAUGGACCAUUAUCAUGCACCUGUAUCGAAACAUGGGCAGCGGGAAAAAGUACAUGUAAUCUAUGCACUUAAAUAGCGAAUGGUAUACAAACAAAAAUGUAUGCACGCAUGACUGUAAGUCGCUUUGGAUAAAAGCGUCUGCUAAAUGGCAUAUUAUUAUUAUUAUAUUAUUAUAGCCAGGUAGGCUAUACUCCUGUUGUAAAUAUAAGCAAUGUGCUUAAUAUUAGGAAAGUUGAGAAAUAAUUACAGUAGGCCUAGCCUAUAGAAAGCUGAUGGGAUCCUCCUCUUUUUAUUAGCGGCCAUGACACUAUUUUCUCCCGCAAUUGCAUAGCCUAUAGAAAUGUUGCUCAACAUGAGCUCAUGGGCUCACAUGAAGUGUUUGAUUAGAUUUUUGAUCACAUUUGCAUUGAUGUCAGAGUGAUUAGAGGGACAAUAGAGUGCUGAGUACCAGGCAGUUAGCAAGUUUGGUAGGCUACUAAUGACCAGCAGCAGCAUCAGAGCUUGGAGAAGCCUAAUUACCGUGACUAAACGGUCAUGUGGAAUUUGACUGCCUUCAUGACUCGUGACCGCCGGUGUGGCGGUAAUACGGUCACCGCAACAGCCCUAGUCCUGACACCUUUUUUGUGAUUUUACAUAUUUUAGAGAAACUUACACCGAAAAGUAAAUCACUUCAUCAUCCUCAUUGUGUAGUAUGGGGGCCCGGAAAAACAUGAACAAAGACUCCAAAAAACACCCAAAUACAUAUUUUUAGAAAUGGCAAAGCUCUCUUUAUUGUGAUGCAGAUACACAUGAACACAUGAAAUUGUGUCAUUCCGAACUUUAUCUGCAACGUUAUAUUCCAUUUUGUUGUGACUCGAGCGAUACCUCUCCGUCCAUUUUACAGGUAACUGCCAAAAGAAAAGAAACAUUUGAGUAAACGAGGGAUACAAAGUAUAUUGAAAGUAUGAGGUACUUCCACACAGGAAGUUCCAGACACUUGUAGAAUCUAUGCCAAGGCGCAUUGAAGCUGUUCUGGCCCGUGGUGGUCCAACACCCUAUUAAGAAACUAUAUGUUGGUGUUUCCUUUAUUUUGGCAGUUACCUGUAGCAGCAGGCUACACGGAAAAUGGAACCGCUCGAGACGGCUCGAGUUGCGCAAAAGGGCAUAUAACGUUGCAGAUACAUUUCGGAAUGACACAACUUCAUGUGUACAACAUCUAAAGAUCUGCAUCAAAAUAUUAAGAGCUUUGCCAUUUCUGAAAGGACGUUAUGAGGUGUUCUAUUUUUUAUUUUGUUCAUGUUUUUUCAGGGCCCCCAUACUACACAAUGAGGAUGAGGAAGAUAUUUGCUGUUUGGGGUAAGUUUCUCUAAAACGUGAAAUCACAAAAAAGGUGUCUGGACCCUUCUAUAACAUUCAAUUUACAUAAAAAAUAGAGAUUUGGUUGUAAAAAAUAGAAUUUCUCCUUUAAUGGCUCAUCAAAUGAUAAUUAGUGAAGAACCUCAAAGGAGUAGAAGGCAAGUCAAAUGGCACCAUAUAAAUAGUAAAUCCCUUGACCUUCCACAUUCCUGUGAACCACAACGUCAUGGUGUGGGUGAGUAAUGUGUACUGAUGAGGGCUCCUGAGCUCCAGAGCCAGUAACAUCACUAACAGCAUGGCUGAAGAGAAGCAAUGGAUAAGCCCCCAGCAUGACAGCAACAUUAUCCACUAAGCCAAUCAUUAGGUAAACUGAGGCACAUCAUUAGGCUCCAGAUCGAUUGUGGAGGUCAUGGCUAGAGCACAGUGUUACUGUAUGUGAUGUGAUUGAGCCAUGGGUGGUAGAAUUCCUUACUGGUCAUUAAGAUUAUUGGAGCUUUUGACUUUAUAAGGUUAAUCAGAUUAGUUUGGGUAUUCCCCUGACUUGAUUUAAUUAUAUGUUAUUUUUUCUAUUCUAUUUGAUCUACUUUUUUAUAUUUUAUUGUAGUUAUGUUAUUUUUUUGGUUAAUGAAUUCCUACAUGAUGCCCUUGUCUAAUAAUGGAAAAUGCAGAACCGUCCAAACACUGUGUGGAACCGGAGUGGGGGCGUUAGUGGAGUGAGAUGCUGUUUGUGGAAAUGUGAUCUUUGUGUGCCAGCAGUUCCUGUUCGAUGGUAAAUACCUGCUAUGUGUAGGCCACUGAUCUCCUAGGCCAAACCAAACACAGGGGUGGAUGCCGGCUCAGGGGCUGGGCUGUGGGCUCCGGUGAGUGGGUGGCUGGAGCCAGUCCACUGGGUAGCUGCCAGGCACCAGUGAAGGACUGGGAUUCCUCAAUGAAGUGUGGCUGGAGUGUUUAUGUGGUCACUUCUUCUCAUAGUAAACUCUAUGUGUGUGAUCCAGAGAGAGAGAGAGAGAGAGAGAGAGAGAGAGAGACGCUCUACAUUAGUCUGGUAUGGUAGCAUCAUGCUUUCCAUAUAACGUGAGUUAAGGCUCCUGUAUGAAGUUCCUGGAAAUACAAAUUUACACAUCGGAAUUUUGAAAUAGGAAUAUGAAUGACUGAGUAGCUUUAACUGCAUUUAUGACUACAGUACCUCACUUGAGACCACAUAUUACACCUAGCUUAGUUAAAGUCAUGACAACAAACACUUUAGGUGGCUAAAAGCAAUCCAUCUCAAACCCACUAUGCUGACCCUGGUUUCUCCUCUGUUCUGUUCCAGGUUAUCUGCAGGAGGCCUACCUGUGGACUAAGCAGGUUCUGGCCAUCAUGGAGAAGUCUAUGGUACUCCUCCAAGACGUGACGGACGGCUCGCUGUACGAGGGCGUGGCCUACGGGACCUACACCACCCGCUCUCUAUUCCAGUACAUGUUCCUGGUGCAGAGACACUUCUCCAUCAGCCACUUCAACCACCCCUGGCUCCACAAACACUUUGCCUUCAUGUACAGGACCAUCCUUCCAGGUAAUACAACUCUUAUAGAUGUUGUGUACAGUCGUGGUCAAAAGUUUUGAGGAUGACACAAGUAUUGGUCUUCACAAAGUUCGCUGCUUCAGUGUUAUGAGAUAUUUUUGUCAGAUGUUACUAUGGUAUACUGAAGUAUAAUUACAAGCAUUCCAUAAGUGUCAAAGGCUUUUAUUGACAAUUACAUUACGUUUAUGCAAAGAGUCAAUAUUUGCAGUGUUGACCCUUCUUUUUCAAGACCUCUGCAAUCCGCCCUGGCAUGCUGUCAAUUAACUUCUGGGCCACAUCCUGACUGAUGGCAGCCCAUUCUUGCAUAAUCAAUGCUUGGAGUUUGUCAGAAUUUGUGGGUUUUUGUUUGUCCACCCGCCUCUUGAGGAUCGACCACAAGUUCUCAAUGGGAUUAAGGUCUGGGGAGUUUCCUGGCCAUGGACCCAACAUUUCGAUGUUUUGUUCCCCGAGCCACUUAGUUAUCAAUUUUGCCUUAUGGCAAGGUGCUCCAUCAUGCUGGAAAAGGCAUUGGUCAUCACCAAACUGUUCUUGGAUGGUUGGGAGAAGUUGCUCUCGGAGGAUGUGUUGGUACCAUUCUUUAUUCAUGGCUGUGUUCUUAGGCAAAAUUGUGAGUGAGCCCACUCCCUUGGCUGAGAAGCAACCCCACACAUGAAUGGUCUCAGGAUGCUUUACUGUUGGCAUUACAUUUACAUUUUAGCCAUUUAGCAGACGCUCUUAUCCAGAGCGACUUACAGUUUUAGUGAGUGCAUACAUUUUUCAUACUGGCCCCCCGUGGGAAUCAAACCCACAACCCUGGCGUUGCAAGCGCCAUGCUCUACCAACUGAGCUACAGGAGGCCCAUGACACAGGACUGAUCGUAGCGCUCACCUUGUCUUCUCCGGACAAGUUUUUUUCGGGAUGCCCCAAACAAUCGGAAAGGGGAUUCAUCAGAGAAAAUGACUUUACCCCAGUCCUCAGCAGUCCAAUCCCUGUACCCUUUGCAGAAUAUCAGUCUGUCCCUGAUGUUUUUCCUGGAGAGAAGUGGCUUCUUUGCUGCCCUUCUUUACACCAGGCCAUCCUCCAAAAGUCUUCGCCUCACUGUGCGUGCAGAUGCACUCGCACCUGCCUGCUGCCAUUCCUGAGCAAGCUCUGCACUGGUGGUGCCCCGAUCCCGCAGCUGAAUCAACGUUAGGAGACGGUCCUGGAGCUUGCUGGACUUUCUUGGGCGCCCUGACGCCUUCUUCACAACAAUUGAACCUCUCUCCUUGAAGUUGUUGAUGAGCCGAUAAAUGGUUGAUUUAGGUGCAAUCUUACUAGCAGCAAUAUCCUUGCCUGUGAAGCCCUUUUUGUGCAAAGCAAUGAUGACGGCACAUGUUUCCUUGCAGGUAACCAUGGUUAACAGAGGAAGAACAAUUAUUUCAAGCACCACCAUCCUUUUAAAGCUUCCAGUCUGUUAUUCUAACUCAAUCAGAAUGACAGAGUGAUCUCCAGCCUUGUCCUCGUCAACACUCUCACCUGUGUUAACGAGAGAAUCAUUGACAUGAUGGCAGCUGGUCCUUUUGUGGCAGGGCUGAAAUGCAGUAGAAAUGUUUUUGGGGGAUUAAGUUCAUUUUCAUGGCAAAGAGGGACUUUGCAAUUAAUUGCAAUUCAUCUGAUCACUCUUCAUGACAUUCUGGAAUAUAUGCAAAUUGCCAUCAUCAAAACUGAGGCAGCAGACUUUGUGAAAAUUAGUCUCAAAACUUUUGACCACGACUGUACUCUGCUCUGCUCUUCCAUUCAAUAGAACAUAAUUUCUCCCCUUAAUGGUGUGUUAUCUCAAUGUUUCCCUUUUCAGAAGUUGAUUGGUUCGAUCAACUUUUUACCUCUAACUGUGCAUUUAGUCUAGAUGUCACGUGAUGUAUUAAAAGGUAAUAUGGAUAUUGUAUUGGGAGCAAGAACAUUGUUUUGAGGAAAUACAAUGCCAGUCAGCAAUCUGUUCAUAAAUGCCUUAGUGAACUGCUGAGGCACCUGCCCUGGCCCUGCACCCAGCCAGCGUCCUUCUUGGCAAGGUUUCCCAAGUUAUAAGUAGAUUAGGCAUCAAAACCCCCAGUGUGCAUUACCACCAUGUUAGAGAGUGUAACUACUCAUUUGUCCUGAUAUGGGGUAUGAAUGCUUGCACUUAUUAGCUUCCUGGAGGCCUGUCAGAGCUGUGCUGAUCCCUCUCCUCUGCAGUGCUGCCAACACUCUCCAUAUUGUGACUGGGGCUGGGGCUGAGCAGCUCCAAUUACAGCAGCCAGGAGAUCUAGUUUCUCAAACGUACCUGUAAUCUGAUUACAACAUUUGUGCUCGUAAUGUAACUGAUUACGCUUCCAUUUUAUUUAUUUAUCAGAUUACAUGUAAUCAGUUGCUCCCCAACCCUGUCUAUGUGUGCAAAUGAUGGGGGUCGUUGGUGUUCCAAUGAGUUAGAUUGUAAACUGUAGCCGUAUUUUAGUGUUGGACUUGUUGGACUCCCACAAUAUUUGGCAUGGGACAUUUGUUUGUCCAAGAUCUAGCUUUGCAUCACAGCAGGAAUGUUGUAAACAGACAAUCUUUCAGAAUGGGAAACACAAACAUGUAUGGUUCUCAAGCAAAUUAGUAAGACUGUCUCACCCAAUGUUCAAGAAUGGCCUUUUUCCCUUUAUUCAGAUUACAACCACUCAUUUUCAGUUAUUUGAAAAGGAAAUCAUCUCCCAAAUAUCACUAUUUCUAAAACAAGCCAUAGAAAGUUGGUUGCAAUUUCAAUUUAAUCCUCCAGAAACGACAGAACAAAUAAUGCAACAAAUAUUGUGGUUAAAUUCAAAUAUACUAAUUGACAAAAAACCUUUAUUUUUUGACAAAAUUUUUAAAAAAGGUAUAAUCUUCGUAAAUGAUAUCAUCGGUAGGACUGGUGGAGUUAUGUCGCACAUGCAGCUAACAAACACAUAUGGAAAUGUCUGCUCUACCCAAAAUUACAACCAAAUAAUUGCAACCUUACCGCAAAAAUGGAAGAGGAAAGUGGAAGGGGGAGAAAGUAAGGAACUUGUCUGUCGGCCUUGCAUUAAAAAACAUAAUUGGUUAAGGAAAACUGUGAUAAAUAAAAAAAGUAUAUCAGUUUCAUUUAAGGACCAAAGGAUUGACAGCCGUCCCAUAUAGAUUGAAAAAUAGUUGGGAAGAGAUUUUUGACGUACCGAUCCCAUGGUUAGUGUUUAUGAACUGACACGCAAAAUGACACCGGAUUCAAAAAUUUGAAUCUUUCAAUUUAAAUUAUUAUAUAAAAUUCUUGCUACCAAUAGAAUGUUAUUUAUAUGAGGGAUACAAUCUUCCCAGCUCUGCAGAUUUUGCUGUGAAGAGACAGAAUCAUUAGAUCAUUUGUUUUGGGUCUGUCCAUUUGUAGCUUGUUUUUGGACACAGGUCCAGGAAUGGCUAAAGGAUUGCAAUAUUUACCUGGAGCUAACCUUGCAGAUAGCAUUACUGGGUGAUCUGAAAAGUCAUAGUCAAUCGAUCAAUAAUAUAAUAAUACUUUUAGCAAAAUUUUUUAUUUUUAAUUCACAAUCUGUAGAAGCAAUGAGAAUAGAAAGGUUCAGAACUUUUGUAAAACAUCACAGUACAGUUUAAAUAUACACUGCUCAAAAAAAUAAAGGGAACACUUAAACAACACAAUGUAACUCCAAGUCAAUCACACUUCUGUGAAAUCAAACUGUCCACUUAGGAAGCAACACUGAUUGACAAUAAAUUUAACAUGCUGUUGUGCAAAUGGAAUAGACAACAGGUGGAAAUUAUAGGCAAUUAGCAAGACACCCCCAAUAAAGAAGUGGUUCUGCAGGUGGUGACCACAGACCACUUCUCAGUUCCUAUGCUUCCUGGCUGAUGUUUUGGUCACUUUUGAAUGCUGGCGGUGCUUUCACUCUAGUGGUAGCAUGAGACGGAGUCUACAACCCACACAAGUGGCUCAGGUAGUGCAGCUCAUCCAGGUGGCACAUCAAUGCGAGCUGUGGCAAGAAGGUUUGCUGUGUCUGUCAGCGUAGUGUCCAGAGCAUGGAGGCGCUACCAGGAGACAGGCCAGUACAUCAGGAGACGUGGAGGAGGCCGUAGGAGGGCAACAACCCAGCAGCAGGACCGCUACCUCCGCCUUUGUGCAAGGAGGAGCAGGAGGAGCACUGCCAGAGCCCUGCAAAAUGACCUCCAGCAGGCCACAAAUGUGCAUGUGUCUGCUCAAACGGUCAGAAACAGACUCCAUGAGGGUGGUAUGAGGGCCCGACGUCCACAGGUGGGUGUUGUGCUUACAGCCCAACACCAUGCAGGAUGUUUGGCAUUUGCCAGAGAACACCAAGAUUGGCAAAUUCGCCACUGGCACCCUGUGCUCUUCACAGAUGAAAGCAGGUUCACACUGAGCACAUGUGACAGACGUGACAGAGUCUGGAGACGCCGUGGAGAACGUUCUGCUGCCUGCAACAUCCUCCAGCAUGACCGGUUUGGCGGUGGGUCAGUCAUGGUGUGGGGUGGCAUUUCUUUGGAGGGCCGCACAGCCCUCCAUGUGCUUGCCAGAGGUAGCCUGACUGCCAUUAGGUACCGAGAUGAGAUCCUCAGACCCCUUGUGAGACCAUAUGCUGGUGCGGUUGGCCCUGGGUUCCUCCUAAUGCAAGACAAUGCUAGACCUCAUGUGGCUGGAGUGUGUCAGCAGUUCCUGCAAGAGGAAGGCAUUGAUGCUAUGGACUGGCCCGCCCGUUCCCCAGACCUGAAUCCAAUUGAGCACAUCUGGGACAUCAUGUCUCGCUCCAUCCACCAACGGCACGUUGCACCACAGACUGUCCAGGAGUUGGCGGAUGCUUUAGUCCAGGUCUGGGAGGAGAUCCCUCAGGAGACCAUCCGCCACCUCAUCAGGAGCAUGCCCAGGCGUUGUAGGAAGGUCAUACAGGCACGUGGAGGCCACACACACUACUGAGCCUCAUUUUGAUUUGUUUAAGGACAUUACAUCAAAGUUGGAUCAGCCUGUAGUGUGGUGUUCCACUUUAAUUUUGAGGGUGACUCCAAAUCCAGACCUCCAUGGGUUGAUACAUUUGAUUUCCAUUGAUCAUUUUUGUGUGAUUUUGUUGUCAGCACAUUCAACUAUGUAAAGAAAAAAGUAUUUAAUAAGAUUAUUUCAUUCAUUCAGAUGUAGGAUGUGUUGUUUAAGUGUUCCCUUUAUUUUUUUGAGCAGUGUAUAUAAUAAACAUGGGGGAUUGGAAGUGAUGCAGACAAUUACAUUGAUGGAAGUUACAAUCUAUCUGCAAUAUUAAGCUGAUCUACCCCCCCCCCCCCCCCCCCCCCCAAAAAAAAAAAAAUAUACAUAUAUAUAUAUAUAUAUAUAUAUAUAUAUAUAUAUAUAUAUAUAUAUAUAUAUAUAUAUAUAUACAGUGGGGGGAAAAAGUAUUUAGUCAGCCACCAAUUGUGCAAGUUCUCCCACUUAAAAAGAUGAGAGAGGCCUGUAAUUUUCAUCAUAGGUACACGUCAACUAUGACAGACAAAUUGAGAAAAGAAAAUCCAGAAAAUCACAUUGUAGGAUUUUUAAUGAAUUUAUUUGCAAAUUAUGGUGGAAAAUAAGUAUUUGGUCACCUACAAACAAGCAAGAUUUCUGGCUCUCACAGACCUGUAACUUCUUCUUUAAGAGGCUCCUCUGUCCUCCACUCGUUACCUGUAUUAAUGGCACCUGUUUGAACUUGUUAUCAGUAUAAAAGACACCUGUCCACAACCUCAAACAGUCACACUCCAAACUCCAUUAUGGCCAAGACCAAAGAGCUGUCAAAGGACACCAGAAACAAAAUUGUAGACCUGCACCAGGCUGGGAAGACUGAAUCUGCAAUAGGUAAGCAGCUUGGUUUGAAGAAAUCAGCUGUGGGAGCAAUUAUUAGGAAAUGGAAGACAUACAAGACCACUGAUAAUCUCCCUCGAUCUGGGGCUCCACGCAAGAUCUCACCCCGUGGGGUCAAAAUGAUCACAAGAACGGUGAGCAAAAAUCCCAGUACCACACGGGGGGACCUAGUGAAUGACCUGCAGAGAGCUGGGACCAAAGUAACAAAGCCUACCAUCAGUAACACACUACGCCGCCAGGGAAUCAAAUCCUGCAGUGCUAGACGUGUCCCCCUGCUUAAGCCAGUACAUGUCCAGGCCCGUCUGAAGUUUGUAGGAUUUUUAAUGAAUUUAUUUGCCAAUUAUGGUGGAAAAUAAGUAUUUGGUCAAUAACAAAAGUUUCUCAAUACUUUGUUAUAUACCCUUUGUUGGCAAUGACACAGGUCAAACGUUUUCUGUAAGUCUUCACAAGGUUUUCACACACUGUUGCUGGUAUUUUGGCCCAUUCCUCCAUGCAGAUCUCCUCUAGAGCAGUGAUGUUUUGGGGCUGUCGCUGCGCAACACGGACUUUCAACUCCCUCCAAAGAUUUUCUAUGGGGUUGAGAUCUGGAGACUGGCUAGGCCAUUCCAGGACCUUGAAAUGCUUCUUACGAAGCCACUCCUUCGUUGCCCGGGCGGUGUGUUUGGGAUCAUUGUCAUGCUGAAAGACCCAGCCACGUUUCAUCUUCAAUGCCCUUGCUGUUGGAAGGAGGUUUUCACUCAAAAUCUCACGAUACAUGGCCCCAUUCAUUCUUUCCUUUACACGGAUCAGUCGUCCUGGUCCCUUUGCAGAAAAACAGCCCCAAAGCAUGAUGUUUCCACCCCCAUGCUUCACAGUAGGUAUGGUGUUCUUUGGAUGCAACUCAGCAUUCUUUGUCCUCCAAACACGACGAGUUGAGUUUUUACCAAAAAGUUAUAUUUUGGUUUCAUCUGACCAUAUGACAUUCUCCCAAUCCUCUUCUGGAUCAUCCAAAUGCACUCUAGCAAAUUUCAGACGGGCCUGGACAUGUACUGGCUUAAGCAGGGGGACACGUCUGGCACUGCAGGAUUUGAGUCCCUGGCGGCGUAGUGUGUUACUGAUGGUAGGCUUUGUUACUUUGGUCCCAGCUCUCUGCUGGUCAUUCACUAGGUCCCCCUGUGUGGUUCUGGGAUUUUUGCUCACCGUUCUUGUGAUCAUUUUGACCCCACGGGGUGAGAUCUUGCGUGGAGCCCCAGAUCGAGGGAGAUUAUCAGUGGUCUUGUAUGUCUUCCAUUUCCUAAUAAUUGCUCCCACAAUUGAUUUCUUCAAACCAAGCUGCUUACCUAUUGCAGAUUCAGUCUUCCCAGCCUGGUGCAGGUCUACAAUUUUGUUUCUGGUGUCCUUUGACAGCUCUUUGGUCUUGGCCAUAGUGGAGUUUGGAGUGUGACUGUUUGAGGUUGUGGACAGGUGUCUUUUAUACUGAUAACAAGUUCAAACAGGUGCCAUUAAUACAGGUAAUGAGUGGAGGACAGAGGAGCCUCUUAAAUAAGAAGUUACAGGUCUGUGAGAGCCAGAAAUCUUGCUUGUUUGUAGGUGACCAAAUACUUAUUUUCCACCAUAAUUUGCAAAUAAAUUCAUUAAAAAUCCUACAAUGUGAUUUUCAGGAUUUUUUUUUCUCAAUUUGUCUGUCAUAGUUGACGUGUACCUAUGAAGAAAAUUACAGGCCUCUCUCAUCUUUUUAAGUGGGAUAACUUGCACAAUUGGUGGCUGACUAAAUACUUUUUUCCCCCACUGUAUAUAUAUAUAUAUAUAUAUAUAUAUAUAUAUAUAUAAACAUGUAUUGUCACACCGCUUGGUUAUUGCUGUUAUUUAUUAUUUCUUUGGCUUACAAGUGAUUUAUUGUGGUUAAAUAUUUACUACCGGUUGCUAGGUUUUAAGAUACCUUUUCACGCCAAACUGCCAUUUCUCUUAGAUCCUGAGAGUGAGCAACAUGUAUGGGAACUGUGUGUGUUGGGGAAAUGGCUUCAGCAUUACAGCUAGGGAGCUGCUGAUUUCAACAGGGCCUGUAGUUUAUUGUUCCCUUUUAGAACAUGGCAUACCAUGCAUUUUUGACAUUUGUGUUAAAAAUUCAAAAAUAAUAAUGUGUUCUGUUGAAGCUACAUAUGUAAGAUGUGUAGUGUAUUUGAGGUUUAACAUAGGCUUCUGACGUUUGUAAUUUCAACUUUGAAAUGUCAGACUUGACAAAUGUAUAAAAAAAUGUCCAUUCAUUAUAAUCCACAUUAUAAUUCACAUUUCCUGUUGCUGCGUGAUUAUUUUCCUGCUGUAGCAAACUGGCUCAAAUUAAGAUCCUACAAUGCCUUCAGAAAAUAUUCACACCCCUUGACUUUUUCCACAUUUUGUUGUGUUACAGCCUGAAUUUAAAAUAGAUUAAAUUAAGAUUUUGUGUCACUGGCCUACAAACAAUACCCCAUAAUGUCAAAGUGGAAUAAUGUUUUUAGAAAUGUUUACAAAUGAAUUAAAAAUGAAAAGCUGAAAUGUCUUCAGUCAAUAAGUAUGAAUACUUAUUGACUCAAGACAUUUCAGCUUUUAAUUUUUAACUAAUUUGUAAACAUUUCUAAAAACAUAAUUUGUUAUGGCAAGCCUAAAUAAGUUCAGGAGUAAACAUUUCGCAAUUAUAGUGUUUAACAUGAUUUUUGAAGAACUACCUCAACUCUGUACCCCGCACAUACAAUUAUCUGUAAGGUCGCUUAGUCGUGCAGUGAAUUUCAAACACAGAUUCAAGGACAAAGACCAGGGACGUUUUCCAGUGCCUUGCAAAGAAGGGCACCUAAUAAUAAUAAUAAUAAUAAUAAUAAUAAUAAUAAUAACUAUUAAUAGAUGGGUAAAAAAGCAGACAUUGAAUAUCCCUUUGAGCAUGGUGAAGUUAUUAAUUACACUUCGGAUGGUGUAUCAAUACACCCAGUCAUUACAAAGAUGCAGGCGUCCUUCCUAACUCAGUUGCCGAAGAGGAAGGAAACCGCUCAGGGAUUUCACCAUGAGGCCAAUGGUGACUUUAAAACAGUUGCAGAGUUUAAUGGCUGUGAUAGGAGAAAACUGAGGAUGGAUCAACAACGCUGUAGUUACUCCACAAUACUAACAUAAUUGAUAGCUUGAAAAGAAGGAAACCUGUACAGAAUAAAAAAUAUUCUAAAACAUGCACCCUGUUUGCAACAAGUCACCAAAGUAAUACUGAAAAUAAUGUGCCAAAGCAAUUAACUUUUUGUCCUGAAUACAAAGUGUUAUGUUUGGGGCAAAUCCAAUACAACACAUUACUGAAUAACACUCUCCAUAUUUUCAAGCAUAGUGGUGGCUGCAUCAUGCUAUGGGUAUGCUUGUAAUCGUUAAGGACUGGGGAGUUUUCCAGGAUAAAAAAGAAACGGAAUGGAGCUAAGCACAUGCAAAAUCCUAGAGGAAAACCUGGUUUAGUCUGCUUUCCACGGGACACUGGGAGAUGAAUUCACCUUUCAGCAGGACAAUAACCUAAAACACAAGACCAAAUAUACACUGGAGUUGCUUACCAAGACGACAUUGAACAUUCCUGAGUGGCCUAGUGACAGUUUUGACUUAAAUCGGCUUAAAAAUCUAUGGCAAGACUUGAAAAUGGCUGUCUAGCAAUGAUCAACUUGACAGAGCUUGAAUAAUUUAAAAUUAAUAAUGUGCAAAUAUUGUAUAAACCAGGUGUGCAAAGCUCUUAGAGACAUACCCAGAAAGACUCACACCUGUUAUUGCUGCCAAUGGUGAUUUUAACAUGUAUUGACUCAGGGGUGUGAAUACUUAUGUAAAUGAGAUAAUGUAUUUCUGUAUUUCAUUUUCAAUACAUUUGCAAAAAACAUGUUUUCACUUUGUCAUUGUGGGGUAUUGUGUCUAGAUGUGUAAAAAAUGUAAUAUGUAAUCCAUUUUGAAUUCAGGCUGUAACACAACAAAAUGUGGAAAAAGUCAAGGGGUAUGAAUACUUUCUGAAUACACUGUAUAUCUGUACAACAUGUACCGUAUUACUUACAUUUUGUAGACUACUCAAGAUUUAAUCAUAGGAAGGUAUAUUGUUUGUACAACCAAACUGGACCUUGGACAAAUCAGUAUGUAGCUGUCACUUCAUAUUUGUAAGAGAUUUAUGAUAAUAACAUUCAAUAUUUCUCAAACAAACCAGUAUGAAUGGCCACUAUUGCAGUUGCCCCCUCCUAUAUUUUAACUGUAAAAUAAUCCAUAUGGAUCUUUGGCCCUGGCCUGUUCCAUCUCACCAGGGUUCCAGAGGACUGUAGCCAUAGCAGAUUCCAACUACAAUUGGUUCUACGGGCCUGAGAGCCAGCUGGUGUUCCUGGACAGAUACGUGAUGAGGAACGGCAGUGGGAACUGGCUGGCUGAGCUGAUCCGUCAGAACCGGGUGUUGGAGGGGCCGGGACAGGCCGGGAAGGGACAGAGAUGGUGCACACUGCACACAGAGUUCAUCUGGUGAGACUGAGUCACUCUCUCUCGCUUUCGCUCUUGUCUGCUGGUUUAGUUGUACUGUUAAAUAUGCUGUAUUGUAUGGAUUUAGACCUACAUUUUAUUAUUGUACUGAUAAUGAAAUCAUUUACUCCAUUCUGAAUGUAAAACUUCUUUUUGAGCAGCUUAAUUUGAAUGUAUGAAAUUAAUGUGUUGUUGUUUUUUCAAUUCUGCAGGUAUGAUCCAAGCCUGACUCCCAGGGCUCCUGCAGACUUCGGUACAUCCCAACUCCACUACUUUGAGGACUGGGGGGUCGUCACGUAUGGAAGUGCUUUACCCGCAGACACCAACCACACCUUCCUCUCCUUCAAGUCGGGGAAGCUGGGUGGACAGGCCAUAUUUGACAUCGUUCACAGGAACAAGUACAAAGACUGGAUCAAAGGGUGGCGGAACUUUAACGCUGGCCACGAGCACCCUGACCAGAACACCUUUACGUUCGCCCCUAACGGUGUUCCUUUUAUCACAGAGGCUCUGUACGGGCCCAAGUACACCUUCCUCAACAACGCAGUGCUGUUCUCCCCGGCUGCCUCAGGGAGCUGUUUCAAGCCAUGGGACGGUCAGGUCACCGAGGCCUGUGACUCCAAGUGGCUGAAGUACAAGGUUGGGCUGGCGGCGGACGCCCAGGGCAGGGUGGAGGCGACUCUGGAGAGGCAGGGCAUGGUGUUCAUCCGUGGGGAAGGCCAGUCGGCCUACAACCCUGACCUGAAGAUCAGGAGCUUCCAGAGGAACCUGCUGCUCCUGCACCCCCAGCUGCUGGUCCUAGUGGAUCAUAUCCAUCUGGAGACAGACAGCCCAACAAGGGCCAUGAGCGCCUUCUUCCACAACACGGACCUGCCCUUUCAGGAAGCCAAAAUAGAUGGUGUGCACGGAGCCUUUGUCAGACACGGUGAAGACCCGUAUAAAAUGUUCUGGCUGGAUGACACAGGCUUCAGCGAGAAAGGGGUCUUGGGGUACUGGAACUAUCCACGUGGUUACCCCUAUAAUGGCUCUAACUAUGUGAAUGUGACAAUGCCACUGAGGUACCCACACACCAGGGUGGCCUACAUCUUCUUUGGGCCGGGGGUGGACGUGCAGAGCUUUAGCUUGCGUGGUGAUGCUAAUAGAGUGGACAUUUACCUGACCACCAACGAGCACACCUACACCAUCUACCUUCUGACAGGAGAGGUGACCAACAAGCCUCUGUUCGCCAUGGUACUGGUGGACCAGAAGAAGAUUGUGUUUGAGAAAGCAGCAGGAGUGCAGAAUGACACGCCAGAGGAGGUGGAGGAGUAUGUCAACGUAGUAGAGGACAACCUCCAGCAUGCCAAGCCUGUUUUCCAGCAGCUGGAGAGACACAUCCUGGGCCGGGUGCUCAACACGGCCAGCUUCCGCAAAACGGCUGAGCGCCUCCUCCAGUUCUCAGACAAGAAGAAGACGGAGGAGGCCAUCAAGAAAAUGUUUGCUCUGACUAAGAAACAGGGCAAGGGAAAGGGGACCAAGAAAGCCUUGGGGAACCUUGGGGAUCAGCUCUCAGAGAGCCUGCCGGACAUCUUUGCACAGAUCGAGGUGAGUGAGAAGAAGGAGAGAUCGAAGAGCACAAAGAGGAUUAUUGAGGAGAGCCCAGAGGAAGAUGGAGACUCCAGGGCUUUUAUGGAUUAUGGAGACUCAAAGAAAGGCAGGAAGGGUGGCUUCGUGAAGGGUCGCAAGUUCAAGGAGGUCCACAUGUCGGCAACUGCCAAGAGUGACAGUCUGUCAAACUCAGCCUCUUAUAUCAGACUAUUCCUCAUCUUAAACAUAGCCACCUUCUUCCUGCUACUGGCUGUGUUAUUGACACGCUUCCAGAGAGGCAGAAGUCUACACACCCAAAGGUGUUUCUAUGGCAUUCUCCUCAUUGACAGCUUCAUCUUACUCUGCCUCUACUCUUCCUGCUCUCGUGCACAGUGUUGA